CAGAGGAAGGCCAACCUCAAUUCCUCAGCCCUGAUGAUGUUCUUGAGAAGCUGGUGCCAGUGGUCACAAUGUCCACCGAGGCAAAGCUGGAUAAUUGUAAGCUGACAAUGAGGAGUGGUUCCCAUCUGGCCUCUGCCCUGUCCUCAGACUCCUCACGUCUCACACACAUUAAAGUGUAUAGCAAUGAUCUGGGUGACGCUGGAGUGGAACUUUUAUGUUCUGGACUUCAACAUCAAAACUGCAGAUUGGAAGAUCUAAUGAUGCUUGGCUGUAACCUGACAAGUGGGAGUGUUUCCCAUCUGGCCUCUGCCCUGUCCUCACACUCCUCCCGUCUCAGGUCGCUGAACCUGCGGUGGAAUGGUCUGACAGCCUCAGAUGUUGAGCCGCUGACUGCUCUGCAGAGAGACCCCAACUGUAGUCUGCGGUUUCUAGAGUUUUGAUACCAGCUGAGCAGCAGUGAGGAGCCCCGAG